UGAAGCUCAAAUUGGUUAUGUUGUAUACAGAAAACGGGGGUGCAAAAGCAAAAGCGCCGUUAAAGAAAUCGAGAAACAGUUGGUCGAAAUUCAGAGAGUGAUCAGUGAUCUUCUCGCAACGUUUUCUCAUCUUUCCAUAGACAUACAUGUGGUUCACAUUUUUCUUAUUUCAAAAUGAAUGUAUACAUUCUUUUCUUUUCUCUAAAUUAUUUUUUUCAAAUUUCAAACUGAAAGUCUUGUUAGAUCAUAUGGCGGACGGAUGCGCGCAGUCCCAUUACGUUCAGUUGACGCGAGAUCAAGCACCGUCUGAAGAUAUCACCCCUGGAGAACUCAAUCAACCCGUUCAAGUUCCUCAGGUUUUGCUGUGCUGUGUUGUGUUGUUCUUCUUGUUGAAUGUAAUCGAUUUUGAUGCGGUUAUGAAACGAGUUCUUCUUUCUGUUUGAUCUGAUCAUCUACUAUUAUGCAGUUGAAUGUUCAAAGAUGCUGUCAAUGUGGACAAGUCCUACCUGAAAGCUACGAGCCUCCUGCUGAUGAAGACUGGACAACUGGAAUUUUUGGAUGCGCUGAAGAUGCUGAAAGUUGCUGCACUGGACUCAUUUGCCCAUGCAUGUUGUUCGGUCAUAAUGUUGAAACAUUGAGAGAAGAAAUUCCUUGGACCAAUGCAUGUGUCUGUCAUGGUAUGUGCAUUGAAGGUGGAUUGACACUGACAGCAGCAACUGUACUCUUCCAUGGAGUCGACCCCAAGACUUCAUUCCUCAUACUUGAGGGCCUGCUUUUUGCUUGGUGGAUGUGUGGCAUCUAUACUGGCAUGUUUCGACAAGCAUUACAGAAGAAAUAUCAUCUCAAGAACUCACCAUGUGAUCCGUGCAUGGUUCAUUGCUGCUUGCAUUGGUGUGCUUUGUGUCAAGAGCACAGGGAGAUGAAAAACCAUCUGGCUGAGAAUGCAGUUAGUCAAGAGGCUGUUGUUAACCCUCCACCGGUUCAAGAGAUGAACUCUGGUGAGAACAAUCAGUCUGCCAAAUCUGCACCAUCUACAAACGAUGAACACCACAAUUUGGAGUUGCAGUUGCAGCCAGUGUAGGACUUUAUAGUCCAUAUAUAUAGAAGUCACAUGGACUGGCUGCCAGAAAAAUGAUACAUGAAAAGAUUUAACUUGUGCAGGAACUCUGGAUAGCAUAGUACCAAUCUGUUGCCAUUUUUAGUUAUCUAUUUUGAUUGCAUUCUCUGCAGGGAAAAAAGUGAAAUUACAAAAUAGUUUGUUUUCAGCACAUUGACCGAAAGGAGUCGUAUGUGACUGGCUCUGGUAUAUCUAACAACUGUUCUGACUUUUUCAGUAAAGCAUUCUUCAGUAACACUUGUAUAUUUAGGACC